UUUAUUAAUAAUUCUGCAAUUGCGCUUGGUUGUAUUGUCUUUUGCGUUAAGGGGGGUGUUUAUUUUGUUAAGAAUGGUUGAUAGUUCAAAAUGAUUGAUAAUUUAGUCUUCAGUAUUUUUAAAGCGACUCAUGAAGAAUUUAUUAAUAGAUAUAAAAGAAUAGUCUCUUACUAAUAGCAUCAAAGGUAUAUUAAAAUCACAAUUACCGAUCGAAGGAAAAUGUCUAAUGUGACUAUUUCAAGUCGUAUCACACGUUUGAACCAACUACUUAGUGGAAAGACUUCUGGAAAAAAAGUUCCUUUAAUAGAUAAAGAAACAUUACUUGAUGCUUUUUUGUCACUUUACUAUGAGUGCAACACAGAUUACAUGAUAAAAGAUAAAAACAUUGCAACUUACGUUCAAAAAUUUAAACCUCUUGUAAGCGAGCUUGAAAAUUUACGACUAAGAAGGUCUGAUUUUGAAAUUAAGAAGACGAUUGGUAGAGGACACUUUGGAGAGGUUCAUGUUGUCAGAGAGAAGGUUACUGGCAAUGUUUAUGCAAUGAAAGUGCUCAAAAAAUCUGAAACACUAUCUCAAGACAAUGUUGCUUUUUUUGAAGAAGAACGAGAUAUUAUGGCCUUUGCAUGUAAUCCCUGGAUCACAUCUCUUCAAUAUGCUUUCCAAGAUUUUGAGAACUUAUUUCUUGUAAUGGAUUUCCACCCUGGAGGGGAUUUGUUAUCUCUUCUUGCAAAAUACGAUGAUAUAUUUGAGGAAGAUGUUGCUAGGUUUUAUCUUGGUGAGAUGAUCAUGGCUAUACAUGCUGUUCAUGUUUUAGGCUAUGUCCACAGAGAUAUUAAACCUGAAAAUGUUUUAAUUGAUAGAUUGGGUCACAUUAAGCUAGCCGAUUUUGGUAGCUCAGCAAAACUAUCAUCAGGGAAAAUGGUUUUCAGUAAAAUGCCAGUUGGAACCCCUGAGUAUAUUGCACCAGAAGUAUUAAUGAGUAUGGAUGGUUCUGGUGGUGGUGGCAAGUAUGGCAUUGAAUGUGAUUGGUGGUCACUUGGUGUUGUUGCUUAUGAGAUGAUGAUUGGAAACACACCUUUUAGUGCAGAUUCUGUUGUUGUUGUUUAUAGCCAGAUUAUGAACUUCAAGAAGUCUUUGGAAUUUCCUGAUGAUCAACCACUUACAGAUAAUGCUAAACAUUUAAUACGAUCCUUGCUUACAGAUCAAAAAAAUCGAAUAGGUUACACAGACUUAGCAAUGCAUCCAUUUUUCCAGGGACUGGACUGGACAACAUUACAAGAUGCUGUUCCUCCAUAUGUUCCAAAUAUUAACAGAGAAGAUGAUACGUCAAACUUUGAUGAUUUUGAAACUGAAAGUAGUGGUCCAAGAAUUGGUGACUUUAUGGAGAAGAAACAAGGGUUCCAAGGAAAAAAUCUUCCAUUUAUUGGGUUUACUUUCACAAAAGAAUUAACUCUUGCUUCUCAGAAUGAAAGUCAUGACGCAUUAAAAGAUACACCUUCACGUGAAAUUUUGAAAAGAAUGUCAUCCAAAAGAGAAUCAGUUAAAGAAACUGCAUCUAACUCGCAAGUCCUUGCUAUAAAAGUCGAUCUUGAGAAAGAGCAGAAAAAGAAUAAAGAAUUGAAACAGUUACUUGAUGAAAAAUCAAAAAUUGCUGCAAAACUCGAAAGUGAAAGAGAUAUGUUAGAAAACGAGAAAGCAUUAUUUGAUACUGAAAGAAAGGACCUACAGCGAAGAUUAGACAAUGAAAGAACAAAUCGAGCAAAAGCUGAAAACGAGGCACUUGCAUUACUUCAAGAAAUUAAAGAUGGCAGCAAAAAAGCUGAAGAACUAAGAGAUGAACAGCUUAGAAUUUCUAAUGAGCAACAGCAGCAGAAAAUUACUUAUCUUGAGAAUGAAAGGUUUGCACUGAACAAUAAAAUAGUCCAUUUAGAAGAUGAACUAAAUGACCAAAGAAAGCUUUCAGAAGAUUCUAAACUUCGUGUUAUCGAUUUACAACAAAAGUUAACAAAGGUAAAUGAAGAUACAAAGACAAAAGUAUCUGAGUUGCAAGAUAUGUUAAACAAAGUGACUUAUGAUGGAGAAGAGCGAAUAAAAAUGCUACAAGAAAAACUAAUGAAGGUUACUCAAGAUUCUGCUGAUAAUUUAAACAAAUUAGAAAAAGAAAAAGACGUACUCAAAAAAGAAAUUAUUGAACUAAAGAAUUUCAAAGAAAAUCAUCAAGCUAAAGAAGUUGAUGAAACCAAAUCUAAUGAAGAAGUUGAAGAUCUAGAAAAAAAAUUAUCUCAUACAGAAGAGCUGAAUUUUUCACUCAAACAAGAAAAUAAAAGACUACAAGAUGAACUUGACGAUUCUAAAAGAAAGUAUGAUAGUUUAGUUGAGUUUGGAGAAAACCUUAAAACCCAAGUAGAAAAAAGGAUCGAGAAACUACAAAAAGAACUUUCAAACUCACAAAACGAGUACAAGAAAAUGGAAACAGAUUUUCUCAAAGUAAAAGAACAACUGGAAGAUAACAACAAUAAUAUCAUUGUUAAAGACUCGACUAUUGCAUCCUUAAAAGCGUCAUGCUUGAAUCUGGAAAAUCAGAUUUCAAAUUUAGUAAAUCGUUCUGAUGUACCUACUUCUAAUGAGAUUGAUCAGCGAAAUGAACUGACAGCGAGAAUCAAUCAGCUUGUUGUUGAAAAGUCAUUCACAGAAAGUGAAUUAAAUUCGUUAAGAAAUGAAAUCAAAACAGCAUAUGAAGAGUUGCGUGUUACCAAAGACCAGUUAGAAGUUGCUAACAAAACUUUAGCCAUUAAUGCCGAAAACUUUGAAUCCUCUUUGUCAAUUGUCAAUAAAGAUUUAACAAAGGCUAUAGAAGAUGGGAAAAAUUUUCAAAAUGAGUUAGCUACUUACAAAAAAAGUUCUGAAUCAUUGGUAGCUAAACUACAGCACGAAGCUGAAGAGCUGAAAAAGAAAGCAGAAAAGCAAAGCGCAGCACUAGCUCAGGAUGCUGAUGUUAGAAUGAAAAGGAUGGUUGUUUCUCUUGAAAAUUUAAAAGUAGAUAAAGAGUCACUAGAAACUCAACUAAAGAAAAGUUCAGAGGAUGCAGCUAAAUAUUUAAAAGAAAAAGAACAUCUCCAAGAAGAGUUAAGUGAGAAAGAAAGGCAAUUAAGUAAUCGAGACCUAACUAUCCAAAUGUUAAAACAAACAUGUACAAUGUUAGAAGGACAAGUGGAGGAGUUGGAAGUUUCAAAUGAUGAAUUUCAAGAUCGGGAAUCAAAUUGGAAUACAACAAAACGACAAUUAUACCAAGCUCAAGAGAAGUUAGAGCUUCAAUUAACUGAAGCAUUAAGUUCUAUAGAAGUAGAAAGACUUCUUAAAGUAAAAGCUGAAGAGAAGAUCAGGAUGUUGGAAGAUGAUGACAGUAUAAAACAGGACUUUCAGAGAAAAAUUGACCACUUAGAAGAAAUCAAUAAACAGUUAGAAACUCAAAUACAAGAGCUAACGAAUUCACUAUCACUGGCAGAAAAAAAAAUUGGAUUAAAUACAGUUGCUAUGAAAAACUUGGAGCGUAAAAUUGCUUCUGAAGCAGAUGAGAAAGCGAAGCUUACUCAAGAGAUUGCGCAUUUACAAGAAAUUAGAGCUCAACAAACAUCGUCUAAUUUUGCUCUUACAGUUGAAAUUGAAUCACUUAAAGAAACUAAUGAUGAAAUUCUUUCUGAAAAAGAAAGUUUACACAAUCAACUUGAAAGAAUUACAUUUGAACAUGCUGAACAAAAAAUAAAAAUGGAAUCAACUCUAGCUCAACAAACUAAACUUAUUGAUUUCUUACAGGAUAAAAAUUCUGCACCUGGUAACAAAAAAUCAAUAUUCAAGGUUGGGAAACAAAAAGCAGAACCAGCACAAGCGCCACCUGAUAUGAGAAAAGUAAGAGAUCUUGAACGUGCACUAGAAAAAGAAAAAAAUGCAAAUCUUCAGCUGCAUUUGCAGUUACAAAAAGCUAACGCAGAAACUGCUAAUAUAAAAACAGAAUUACAACACAUGAAGCAGAAUAUUCGAACAUCACCUAACACACCUCAAUUGGAAAGAAGUGAUAAUACACGCCAGAUGCAGUCUGGAUCACUUGUAACAAAAACCUUUGAGUCACCAUCUACAAGUGUGGCAGAUAUUUAUAAUCAAGCUGCUAAUGAAGUGCGCGGAAAUGGAGUUGCAGUUGCUGAUACUAACUCCAAGCCUCACAAUCUCUAUCAAGCUUUGAACAUGAGACCAAUGAAAUGUCUUGUUUGUUUGAACAGUGUUCAUUUUGCAAAACAAGUUUCAAAGUGUAGUGAGUGCAAUGUUGUAUGUCAUUUGAAAUGUGAAAAUUCUUUGCAAAAUACAUGUGGUACUCCAAAAAGCAUUUUUGGCAAUAUGCACCUACACCGAACAUCGUUAGUUAAUGAGGGGGGAAUUGAUGACCAUUCUACAAGAUUUGUUCUACCUAAAAUUGAAGGUUGGCUCAAAUUUCCCAGAAGAGCAGUCAAACAGGGUUGGGAACGAAAAUGGAUUGUACUUGAAAAUUCAAAGUUAUCAAUUUAUGAUAAUGACAAUACAAUAGGUGUUGAACCUUUCGAUGAAAUUGAUUUGAGUAUUUCUGAUGGAGAACUAAAUAUACACCCAGCUAUUCCUACAUCCGAGUUAAUUUGGUCUAGUAGUGCAGAUCUUUUGUACGUUUUUUCUGUUGAAUUACUUCCAUAUACAUUGGGAAUGAUGAGACGAAAUUUAUAUUUUCUUGCACCAACCUUUAUUGAAAAACAAAGGUGGGUUGCUCACUUUGAAUAUAUUGCUGACCAAGUUAAACGAAGGUCUCAUAAAUAUGGACAUAGCCUCAAUGAUGACGUUGUAAUGACUUUACAUGGAAUUAAAAGAAUUGAUAUUAACUGUGCAAUAAUGUUGUCAGAUUCAGGUUAUAUCUUUGGUUGUGAAGAUGGCUUGUAUGUGAUAAACAUUCAAUCUGAACACAGAUCAAACACACCAUUACCUAUAGUAGGUCUAGGACCUGUUUACCAAUUUCAAAUAGUUAAUGAUAUUGAUACUGUAUUUGUAAUUGCUGGAAGGGAUCGUUUAUUCUGCACCAUUGAAAUUAAAGAUCUUCAGAAUCGGUUGAAACAGUUAGUUACGGGUUCUCUAAUUUCAGCAAUUUCUUCUCAUCAAAUAGAAAAAGUGAAGAACUGUCAUCUUUUUAGUGUAUUUAAAAUAGAUAAUGAAUACUAUGCAUGUGCAGCAACAGAACGCAAGCUUGUUAUUUUGAAAUACCAGAACAAUACUCAGUCUUUUGUUUUAAAAAAGGAAAUUGAAACUAUUGAUCCUUGUGCAUGCCUGUUACAAAGCUCCAAUUUAAUUCUCUUUGGUACAUCUAAAUUCUAUGCAGUUGAUUAUAAAAACUUUCAAAAAAGAGAAUUUCUUGAUGCAAGCGAUACUUCACUCGCUUUCGCAGUGUAUGGUUCCAACCAAAGUUUCCCUGUAGCUGUAUUUAAAGUCAGUUCUAAUAAACCCAGAGAGGAAUUUCUACUUUGUUUUAAUGAGUUUGGAAUAUUUGUGGAUUGGCAAGGUAGAAGGUCGAGAAAAGGUGAUCUCAAAUGGUCACGCUUACCUCUUGCUUUUGAAUAUCGUCAUCCUUUUUUAUACAUAACACAUUUUGGUUCUAUUGAAAUUUGCGAAAUUUUAAGCGACAUUAAAUGCGAUAUAAGCACAACACCGAGGUGUUUCAUAGACGUUCCAGAACCUAGAUUUAUUGGAUAUGGUAAUUCAGAUGGAGUUGUUCUCUUUUCAAGUAGUCAAACUCAUAAACUAGAAAUAAUUUCAUACAAGGCUACAUCUACACUUAACGGUCUUGUAUGUCGGAAUCCUUCCGUUCUUAGUUCUGCUAGUGAUUCAAGUUCGAUGAGCAAUUUUAGUCCCACUCUUGAGCCAAAAGAUAGGCUUCGUGCAACUUCAAACGCUUCGAUAUGUUCUGACGAAGAAACUUCCAUUGCUAUUAGUAAAGAAUCAAAUUCAGCAAAGACCAAAGUUGAACAACUUCGCGCUCAGGAAAAAAGUCGUAAAUCGUUUAAAUUUUUUAAAGGAAAUCGCAAAUCUCCUCAUAACGACGAUUGAACAAAUUUGUUCAUUGAUCUUUUUAACUCUAGUGUUACUCAAACUAUUCUCUGGAGAAAUUAACUCUAAAAUAUAAAUACAACUAAUAAAAAUAAAA